CUGCGGGACAGACCCCUGUACCCACCUUCCCUCCCGGAUGGAUGAUCGGAUUUUCUCCCCAGCCUGCUUUUGUCUGAGCUGAAAUAGUGGAGAGCUGAACAGCAUGUAGGUUUCUGUGCAGGGCUCGCCCAGAGCCGCUUGUAAGGACGUGCUCUUCAAACGGAUAUGACAGCCAUGCAGGGCCUUCCGUGUCUGUGAGGCGAACGAGUAUGCAGGCAAAAUUAUACAGCUCACCUCUGGAAAAUCAACCCGUUGACAGUGUCUUUGUCCCGGGGCCAGCAGGCAUGAGAGAGGGAAGUGGUAUGCCUCCCUGGGAUGCUUCGUUGCUGGAAAAUGAGUUUUUCCAAGUUUUAGAUGACCUAGAUAAUAAACUGGCUCAGGAGCAAUGUCCAAGCUCAGGGAAUACCGCAGCGCCUCUCAGCUAUGGAUCAAGAUCACAGCUCAGUCAUUUUUACUCCAGGGGGAGCACACACAGCAAUAUCACAGGAAGGUAUCAAAACCACCAUAACGGAGCUUCUAAUAUGUCUAUCUAUGACAUCCUAAGACCAGGAACCCCUAGGGAAGGUUUUAAAACCUUUUCUCCUAGGACAAAAACAAUUUAUGAUAUGUACCGGACAAGGGAGCCCAGACUCUUAAAAGAAGAUUACGUGCAAAAGAAUACUUUCGGUAGUACUUCUGUGUGUUUCGACAGCAGACAGCCGUCAGCUUCACCGGCCACAGUAUACUUCACAACAAGAAGCUUACAUUUUCCAACCAUAACUCAGAACAAGAGUGGGUUUAUCCCACCAAGGCACCGGCAGAGCCCAAAGAGAACCCCUUUAUCAUCCAUCAUAUGGAAUAGAUCAGAUUCUUCUGGAGACAGGCAAAGCCAGGAAGAGUUCCUGGGGGCACCUUCGCCAAUGGAGGUUGACGCUGCUGACCAGUACAUGUAUCCCAGGUGUUUUCAGGAGGAUAGGAGACAUGAAUUUUACUGUUCGCAGAGUGUUUACCAAGGUGUUCAUUUGGACACCCCCAUGGAUAAUGCAAUGAGUCCUGACCCAUUUGAGAACUCGGAAAAUAUGCCAUUCUACCAUCAAGGACACCCAUUUGCUAGAUCUUUCUCUAGCGGUACCUUUGGACAAAGCAGGGAACCAAGAUUUGGACAAAGUCCUCUUUGGGGCCGACAGGAAGAACAUUCUUUCUGGUCUGACUUCCAUCAAAGUAGGCAUCCAUUCACUUCUCACAGAGACUCUGAAAUGAUAUCCUUUGAGGCAUCAGCUGGUCACGGCCAUAGUGUUCGUUCUCAACACUGGGAAUCAUUUUCUCCUGGUUACAGAACAAACGCUUUCAGAGAUCAAGAAGAGCCACAUCUCUGGCAGUUUGAUUCUCAGACAUCCACACUGGAGAGCAUGGAGGUGUUGCAAGGUAAUGAGAGCCAGAUGACUCAUUUCAGCAUACCAGAUGUCUGCCCCGUGACUGGUCCCGGCUAUCGCUGCAGAUCUGGCAGGUCAGUAUGUCAACGGCGCGGCCCUCCUAUAGGAGUUCACGCAGACAAAGAACCUUACUCGUUUGGAAUUGCUCCGACGACUCUAGCAUCGUCAUUCAAAGCCUCCUUCCCCCAGAGUCCUGGUGACAGAGGGAACGCUCAGAGGCCUAGCUUUCAGAAUCCCACAGUCACUGUGCAGAAAACUAAGCCUGCCUCUCUGCCAGUGAAAAGGUAUACAGAAGUCCCUGUGACCCAGAGCGAUUCAGUCGAUUCUCCACCUCUUACUGAAAGCCCAUCCAAUAUUCUGGUCACACAAGUGACUGAUGAGAAAGCCUUGAAUGAAUCUAUUCGGGAAGAAGACAAACAGCUACACAGGAGGGACCACACAAAUGUGACGGGUGAAAUGGCCCAACCUGUUUCACAGACCGUGAUCUCUAAACAUUCCUUGGACUUCCAAAAUCCCUUCUCCCAGGACUCAGCCAGAGGCGAAGGGUUUGCUUUUAAUGCAUCUACCACAGUAAGUUCAAAAAGGUCACCUGGAGGCAUUGCCAGGAAAGAGAUCCCCAAAAUUCAUAUAUCACACAGAGAGAGAGCCAAUGAACUUAAAAAAGAUAAGAAUUACACUGGGAACAGAAAACUUGGCUCGGCAACUUCCCUUCCUUUCAUUCAGGAACGCAGAACAGCGUCUUUUCCCAGCCCAGAUCAAGGUGGUCACCAGGCAGUAAGAGCAAGUAAUGAAGAUACUUCAGGCAUUGUUAAAAAUAACCAUUGGAGCUCUGAACCUGCUGAUGAUCAAAAGGCACAAUCUCCAGAAAAGUCUGCUAUUUCAGAUAUCAAGGAAGAACAAGGCACCACAAGUCAUUCUACAAACUGUAGCAAACCAGCUUCUGGUCAUAAGAUCCCAUGUGAUUAUUCUCAUCUGUCAUCAGGUAUAUCUGCUAGGGGUCAUCUGUCACCUGGUUCCUCACCAUCGAAUAAUUCUUUCCUUGAUAAUCUGGCGAUUCCUUCCACAACAGUCUUCUCCAGGAAAAGUCCUCCAGGCAAGGAUCCCUCUCAGGGAGAAAGGGCACAAAAGGACAAUGAUAGCAAGGACCAAAGUGAUCAGUUUGCCCUAAGCCCCUCAGAAAACCCAAAGUGUAACGAGAAGUGUGUGCUUGUACUCAGUGAGGUCGUUGAUGUUGUCAAAUGCCAUUCUCACUCUCCUUUCAAGGAUGGGAAAGGAAAAGGAAAAAUAAGACGACGUGUAUCCUCUGUGGAAAAGUUAAGCAAAAUGGAAAGUAGAUCAGCACCCAGGAGUGAUAACAGUAGCUCUGUUGAGACAAAUCAAAGCAAUUCCAAGCCUCCUGAAAUUCACACAACUUCCUGUACCUCUCCAGCAAAAUCAGCCAGCUCUCUCAUCAAUGACAGGAAGUCGGAAAGUAAGACAGUGAUGUCUUCGUGUAGGAAUGAACCACUUCCAUUCCCAACCAAAAACAGCGUGGAACACCCAACAGGGAAAUACACACUGAACAAACUCAGUCCCAGUUCUUCCGAGUCAGAAAGCACACGUUCCAACACAGUGUCAGACUCGGUCCCAGCAGCACCUGAAGCCACGGAGAAGAUGACAAACCUGAAAAACACUGGGUUUGCUUCUGUUAGACCACUUCCGUUCCUCAUCAAGAGGGCCGUGUCGUGUCCGUCAGGGGUACCAGAUGCUUCCGAUGGGAGAGACAAAAGAGAAGAAAGCUUGGUCUCAAACCCAGAUGCUUCAGCUAUAACACCUAAACCUCAGGAGGUGAUCAUUAGCCCUCUGGAAAAUAAUUCAUCUGUUAGCGAUUUGUCUUCACCCAAAAGACACCACCAAAAGGAACACUUUCCAGAAUGUACUGAAAAGGAUGGUAAAACUGCUCCCUCCAGGACAGGUCCGUUUUCCCUUUCCAAUGAAGACCCUUUGCCUUUUUCUUCAGACAUGCCAAGAAAAGAAAGUGGGAAAACGUUACAUAAAUUUAAGACUACUAGCAUGUUUUCUGUUUCUGGCGAUGAAGAUAACGUAAAAUGUCUUGAGGUGGUUUCGGUAUAUUACACUCUACCAAGGAAAUACAGCAAAAAAUUCUCUCACCUUCUCGAGAAGUAUACACAAUGUAUAGAUUCGCUUACGGAAUCAACUAAAGUGGAUGCUGAAACAUUUACUAAAGCUUUUGAAAAGGACAAACUAAAUUAUUCUACACAAGAGCAGCUAGGAACACCUUCAUCUGAAGGUCUAAAGAUUCCAGUCAACUCUGCUCAGGAGAAGACCCGCUGUCUUUCUCACACCACUGAAAAUAGGGCCACUUCACAAUCACCAAGCAUUUGGCCCUCAGAACCAACCUUACAGCAAGUGGAUUCUACGCAGGCAGGUGUUUCUUUUCAUAAAGGAGAAUCUAAAACUAGAGAGAUUUCCCCAGAUAGCCUCACUAAAACACCUCUAGGUGAUUUGCAGAGCAGAAAAGAGAGAGGGAAAAGAUCACAAAGUGAAACUCUGCCUACUUCAUCAAUGCUUCAGGGAAAAAAAGGCACAGAAGAGAAAGCUGAAAACCAUCAGCCAUCCAGUAAAUCCGGCCACAGUGGUCCUUCUAAUCUCCCAGCCCAUUCAGAAGAGAAUGUUGGAAAUUCCCAAAACGCAGGAAGUUCCAGGGAAUGUGCAGGUCCUGGGAUAGACUUUACAGCUACAGGAACUGAAGGAGGCCUUCAGAGAGAGGCCGUGGAUGGUAGCUCCAAUGGAUUGCAGCCCAGUCAAGUAAGAGGGGAAAUCGGAACAGAUUUCCAAACAGAGACCAAUAAAGUACUUUCUGACUUGGAAAGCCAAGUCUUUGGUCUUACUCCAGCUUUGCGUAAACUACAGCUUGAUGAAGGGACUUGUUCAGGUGAACCAGAUUUAGACAGUUCACAGUCUGAACCCAGAGAGCUACCCCCAAGGAGUCAGGGGAUGAGCACAACAGAGAACAGCGGGGUUGAAGAUGAAAUGCAGAAGUUGGCAUGGGAUCCACCUUCAUUUCCUGAAGGAAGCAGUAAACAGAAAACCAGCUUGGAUGACCCAGAAAAGGGGAAAAACAGAUCGGUAGUAAAACACGGAUCGGCAGCCAUGUCCAAAGCAAGCAGAAAAUUCCCAGCUAAGGAUUUAAGCCCCAGAAGACAUGUAGCCACUAUCUUUCCACAAAGUGGGAAUAGUUCUGGCCCUGACAGUUUAUCUCUUGGCAAGGCCAAGUGCAAUCUACCAUCCCCUGAGCCUACUCCAAAGUCCAUAGAAUCCAGAAAUGAAAGCAGGUUGAGUAGGGAUAUAAUGGAUGUGGAAAAAUCAGAGAACUCUCUCCAGGUCACUGUAAUAUCCAACAGAGAAGCUUCUACACACUUAAGCAAUCCGAAGUCUAACAGCAUUUCACAGCUACAUCAGAAUGAAUCUAAAAAUAUCUCAGAAUCAUCACCAAUGUAUGAGAAGUCUGAAGAUGUCACAGCAGCUCAGACUUUGGAAAGAGAGUCAGGAGUCUUGGCCCCACCCACAUUCACCAGCUUCGGGGAAGCUGAUUUCUCUGACCCUGAGACAAGAAUGAACUCUCUUUUUCCUUUGGAGCCUACAGAGAAAUCUAGAGUAAGCAUCCCAUUGGCCAGUUAUCAGCAACAACAAAGAAGUCCUUCCUCUCUGGAGUGGGGACCUGAACCAUACCCCUGUCUUUCAAACAGUUUAAAAAGCAUCAAUGUGCACGGUGAUCUGGUACGCAAAAGUCACCCUCCAAAAGUCAGGGGGCGCCAUUUUUCUGAGAGCACUUCUAUUGACCAUGCCCUGAGUGAACUGACCCUUGGGGAUGAAUUCUCUGCCAACAGCGGGUACAAUCGAAGAUUCAGAUCCUUUUCUGAGCUUUCCUCCUGUGACGGAAAUGAAAACCGGGCUUUGAGUAGCGGCAGAAAAAACAUGGGGCCCAAGUUUGCAACAUCUAUAUCUAGACCUAUUGAUUAUGGAAUUUUUGGGAAAGAACAACAGCUGGCUUUCUUGGAGAAUGUAAAGAGGUCACUUACCCAAGGAAGAUUAUGGAAACCAAGUUUUCUUAAGAACCCCGGCUUCCUGAAAGAGGAUGUAAUUAACCCCCCUCAGCCAACAGGGCCACCAAGCUCAUAUUCUGCUAGCAGCCAGAUGCCGGAACAUGCCUUAUCUCCAAGUGCACCACUUCAUAUCUAUGAAGAGACCCCUGUCGACUCAGAUUGUGACACAGACACAACCACCGACGACGAAUACUAUCUGGACGAAAAUGACAAAGAGUCAGAACUGUGAGGCUCUUCAGUGACAUGUAUAUAACCUUUCCACCAAAAGUGUGUAACGGGAAUAAAGUGUAAAUGUGUACGCCCUUGAGAAGGACACGUAUAAAAAGAUCUAGUGUGAGCAGCACCUGCUCUUAAACAACUCAGAUGCUCUUCCCCCCCCCAUACUAUAUAAACAUAUAUAAGCAUUAUAUGCUUUUAUACCUUUCAUUGUCAUUUACAACCCUAAUAUCCCAGGCACACACAAAACUUAUUAGUUACCCAGAACAACCACAAAAUUCUGUAUGGCCUCUUCCUUUUUUAAAAAACAUUUUUUUAAUGUUUUUUUUUUUUUU